AAUUGCGUUUCGCUUCUUUUCCGAGAAGAAUGUAUAAUUAAUGUCAAAAGUCAAAACUUAUAAAUCAUAUGCCACCAUCCUUCACUGAUUAUAACGAUGGCAAAAACAUUUAGAAAUCUGAAGACCAAGACUGGAAAGUUUGUUAUCACCAUGGAAACAAAAUUUCAUUCAUAACAAGUCAAGAUGUACAGAAACAGUAGCUUUUCUUCAAGGAAUACAGAAGGACUGUACGUCCUGUAGAGUGAUGUGCACAAAAACAGACUCCAAGGAGAAAGGAUACAUCUAUAUAGACAAUAAAAUGUCCUCAGAGGCCAUUGAAAACUCGGCAUGGGCUUGUCGAUUAGCAAAUGAAAAUGGAUAUCUUUCAUGGUGUCGAAAUUCUUACCUGAUGACCGGUGUUGGAGUGGGAAUGCUGUACAAGGGACAAACAGCUGUGGCUGAAUUGGCCGGUUAUUCAUCCAUGUUGCUGGCAGGAGUCAAUGUGUCAUGGGGAACCUAUAUUUUCAUCUAUAACCUGUUUUUUCUGAAGGACCGGGUAGGAAUGACGGGGGGAUUUGUUGCUCUUCAAACUCUGGCUGCCAUCAUUCAUGCUAUAGUGUAUGUGAUGGUUCUCAUUGGUUUUGCAGCUGAAAGUGACAAAUAUUUUCAAAAACAUAAAAAGGAAAUCAAAAAUGACUAACAAGCUUAAAUGAUGUGUAAACCUUGAUAUAUCUUGUUGUUUUAUUUUUCAGACACGUACAUGUAAAUGUUAUAUAUGCUUUUGAAUGAGUUCUAUGCUAUUAACAGUUUAAUGAAUGAAUGUUGUCAUUGAGAGCAAAUCUGAAAUAUUUUAUACUC